AUGGUUUGGACAGUUGUGAGAACAGUGGAGCAUGGGCCGCCUUUGCGCCAAAACCCUGACAUUGAGAAGUACUGCACACGCCUGGGCAGCGACUCACACACCAACAAGCACGUGUGCGAGGAGACCGCCAUUAUUCCCAGUAAGAAGCUCCACAGCAACAUCACAGGCUAUGUCACACAUCUGAUGAAGCUGAUUCAGAAGGGCCCGGUAAGAGGUAUCUCCAUCAAGCUGCAGGAGGAGGAGAGAGAGAGGAGAGACAAUUACCUGCCUGAGGUCUCAGCCCUGGAUCAGGAAAUCAUUGAAGUAGAUCCAGACACUAAGGAAAUGCUGAAACUCUUGGAUUUUGGCAGUCUGUCCAGCCUGCACGUCACUCAGCGUACAGUUGGAAUGAAUUUCAAAACACCACAUGCAGCCGUUUGA